CCCUCUCUCUCUUCCGAUAUAAGGCUUGCUCGUGCUAGCUCUUCACCUCUUCGGACCCAUCUCGGUCCUCUCCUCUCUCUUCCUGAAUCGCACGUCGAGAGAGGGAGGGGGAGAGAGAGAAGGGGAGGUGGUGAAUGAAUUGAGCUGAUUUACUUCGAGGUUGUUUUCCUUGGAUAUGCUCUGAAUUGGUGUUCAUCCUAUUCAACAGCUGAGGAUCAAUGCCGGCUCUACAAAUGAAGGCCAAAGCCAUCACGAGUUGUGAGAAAGAUGGAUACCUGCAUAGGUUCUGUCAGGAAUCAAGUAAAAUUUCUAAAAAGAAGAGCUCUUUUUUGUGGAAAUCCCAUGAGGCGGUAGAAGCGGAGAUGAUCGAAUGUCAAAGUGGAGCGAUAUCAGAAGAAACCAGAAUGGAUAAAGCCAUUCAUUCUGAAAAGGACAGCAAGCAGGACAUCUUUGUGGCUCAAGAACGAUUGUCAUUCUCUGAAGAUCUAACCUCUCCAAUAGUUCAGGACUUGUCACACGCUCCAUGUCCUUCACCCUUGGAAAGAGUGUCCUCUAUCCCUGUAGAGUCCAGGGUCACUGACUGCGACUCAAGUGUUUCUGAUGAUAUAGGGAGGGAAGAUUGUCCUAUGAAGAAGCCAGUAGAAAUCAACUCUGAUAAUACCAGGAGCAUUAAUUGCUCUGGUCAUCUAUCUUCACAUGAUUUGGAUCUACACUUCUUGGAUGACGUUGAUGGUAACACUAGGAAAGACGGUGACGGGACAAUGGCAUUAGAUGAUAUUAUGAAGAGUAGCCUUGUUCAGCAACUCGAAUGGACUGAAUCCAAUAUGCUUGUUGAUAUGACCGGGAAUUGCGUCAUGUUGCCCUUUCCAUUACCGGAAGAAACAGUAAAUACAUCUUUUUUCCAAGGACAGACAUUAAGUGACGAGCUCUUGAUGAAUUCAGAGAGUGCAAUAUUUAAUAUGGUGACCCAUCAUUCAAAAAUUUGUGAUCAAGCCCUUGCUAACUGCAGACCUGCUGAUUCAGUUGAAAUGGACUCCUUUGAUCCCAUCUUGUUUAUUAGAAAUUUUCUUGACCUAUCUGAUCUGGAAGCUAACUCCCUGCCAGCACUACUGCCCGAAGAAACGAUAAGAGGGAAGCACAUAACCUUAGUUCUUGAUCUGGACGAAACUCUUGUCCACUCUACUUUGGAACCGUGUGAUAAUGCAGAUUUCACGAUACAAGUUUCCUUGAACAUGGAACAGCACACUUUUUAUGUUCGUCAGAGGCCUUUUCUCAAGACAUUCUUGGAAAGGGUGUCGGAGAUGUUUGAGAUUGUUCUGUUUACAGCCAGUCAGAGAUUUUAUGCUGAACAGCUUCUCGAUCGCCUGGAUCCUGAUAGGAAGUUCUUCUCUCGUCGCGAAUAUCGCGAAACAUGCAUACUAUCAGAUGGUAUUUUCACUAAAGAUCUGACGGUCUUGGGAGUUGAUCUGGCGAAAGUUGCUAUAGUUGACAACUCUCCCCAGGUAUUCCGGUGGCAAGUGAAUAACGGGAUCCCGAUCAUGAGUUGGUUCAACGAUCCAUUGGACUGUGAGCUGAUUGCGCUACUGCCCUUCUUGGAGACUCUGGUUGAGGCGGAAGAUGUUCGUCCUAUCAUUGCAAAGAGAUUUGGCGGUAAAGAGUAGUUUGUCGCGUACGAGAGUCCGGCUAAUCGAAACAGUAGCUCUGGGGCUCCUAACAAAGGAAGGCUCGGAAGAAUCUUGAGUUUUGACUUAUGCUAGCAUUGGCUUUUCAGCAAUAAUUGGCAAUUAGACUUGUGAUCAGGUUUUUCUCUAUUUUUCUUUAUCGGGGUGGCUCGCGGGGCUGGUUAACUAUAGCCGUAGUUAUCAUUUGAUUGGGAAGUCAGAAGCCUUGUGUAAAUCGUAGUUGCUGCUUGUUAGGUUGUCCAAGGUGUAUAUAAUUUUUGACUGGCAGUACGGUUCUACCCACUUGUGUAUAUCCAUCCAAGUUACAGGAUUUUGUUCUUCUU